AUGGCUUUCCGAAACUCAACUACAAAAGUGGUUCAAGUUUGCAGGGUGGCUCCGCCGCUUCCAGCCUCACCGGAUCACUCAUCCCUUCCCCUGACCUUCUUCGAUAUACGUUGGCUAAGGUUUGCUCCACCGCAGCUCCUCUAUUUCUACAAAUUAUCUUCUUCCUCUAAAAAUCCGACCUUCUCGUUCGAUCCCAUACUUGACAAACUCAAAACCUCACUCUCGCUUACCCUUAAACAUUUCCUACCUCUCGCCGGAAACCUCACUUGGCCUCAAGACUCCCUCAAACCUAUCUUGAGCUAUGUCCAAGGCGACACCCUUUUGCUUACAGUAGUAGAGUCCAAUGCUGAUUUCGACCGCCUUUCAAGCAAUUACGACUUGCUUGAACCCCAAGAAUACCAUCCUCUUGUCCCCCAACUGGAGACUUCUCAUGAACGAGCUGCAGUGAUGGCACUGCAAAUCACUCUCUUCCCAAACAAAGGAUUUUCGAUCGGAGCAACAGUGCACAAAGCAGUUCUUGAUGGCUUAACUUCAAUCUCGUUUUUCAAAUCAUGGGCGCACAUAUGCAAACAUGAAGGGUUAAAUUCAUCUUCGUUACCGGACCAGUUCAAACCCUUCUAUGACAGACGACUCAUCCAAGACCAGGAGGGGCUCGGAACACUCUUUGCAAACCAAUACCAAGCCAUGGACGGUCCCAACAAUCGAAGCUUAAUGGUGUGGGAGCUUCAAGUUCCCCGAGACUCAAUUCGAGGCACCUUCGAGCUGACUCUCGCAUUCAUCCAAUCACUCAGAAGGCGUGUCAUGGCUGCAACAGGUUCUGAUAGGAGUCUCCAUUUGUCACUGUUUUCUUUAGCAUGUGCCUAUACAUGGGUCUGCUUAGUUAAGGCUGAAGAAACAAAGGAAGAUGAAGCUCGAGUCAUCUUCUCCGCGGACUGUAGGUCUCGGCUAGACCCUCCUCUACCUGCAACAUAUUUCGGCAACUGUACAGUGGGUUGUUUGGUAGUUGCCAAAACGAAAGGGCUACUGGGGGAAGAUGGGUUGGUUGUGGCAUUAAGAGCAAUCAGUGAAGCUUUGAGGAAUUUGGAAAAGGAGGGGAUUUUGAAUGGAGCAGAGAAUUGGGUUUCAAGAUUGAGCAGUCUGCGUAGUGGUAGACUGGUAGGUAUUGCUGGCUCACAUCGGUUUGGUAUGUAUGAAACUGAUUUUGGAUGGGGAUCACCUUGCAAGGUGGAGAUUGUUUCCAUUGAUAGGACAUCAGCCAUUUCCUUUACAGAAAACAAAAAUGGAGGUGGGGGAGUUAACGUUGGUUACCGCCUCUGGAACGCCUGCGUCAAUCUCUCCAACGCCACCACCCUCCGUUCCCUCCCUUCCUCCAAAGCCGAAGAGCACGCCAAGCUCCGCCACAUUGCCGCCGACCGACUCUUUGUCGCCGGUGAAGUUUUCGGCGUUCCUUCCCCGGCGAUCAAGUCCGCCUCGUUCUACCACAAGACCGGCGUCAAAUGGCACGAGCAUUGGAAGUUCGACCUCGCUUCGUCGUGCUUCGAGAGAGCCACCGAUCUGCUCUCGAAGAUCGGAAUCGACACAAUCUCUGACGUCGACAAGAAGAAGCUGUUUCUGGAUUUGAGCAUCGCGAGGUCAAAAACCGCCUGGGAGGUAUCGGCUCCAGCUUGA